CUCUGAGGAACUAAACUUACCUCAAGAGUCUGACAACUAUUGUCUCAUCAGCCAACCAGUUUCGCCAAAGACAAUGCGAUCGCGUACGACGAGCUUCGCCGAUACCCGAAUGACUUUCCGCCCGCGAUAAGAGCCCCCCAAAAUGGUCUCGGGGACAGUGCGACGCGCGCUGCUCCCUCCGAGCGGCGCGAAUAUCGGCCUGUGCAAGCAGCUUUCGGGGCUUCUUGGCCAGCCUGGGGCAAUUGCGAGCCAAGGAUUCAGUGCCAAAGCUCUCAAAGCCGUACCCAGUCAAUUUCCGUCACAAACCUACCGUCAAAUAAUAACCAGAGGCUUCGCACGGCCGGCAAACCAGCCCGUCUUGUACCAGAUUCGAGGACAGACGCCAACGUGGAACUCCCCCAUAGCUGUCCUGCGCCAGUUCUCCACGACCAGGGCAGUCCACGACCAAAGGAGCAAUGCUCAUCAAGCCUCGGCCGCUCAGUCGAACCCUGUGCCCGUGUCUGGUACUGAGAACGGCGAAGCACAGGCGCCCCUGCCAACCAGGUUUGAGCAGAGCGAAAGAGCAAAGCAAGCCGCCCAGGUCAACUACCGAGCUCGUCUGUCCAAAGAAAAGGAUGCUAAGAAUAAGAGCGUAAAAUCCGGCGAGGUCGUGCGGUUGCUGAAGCUUGCGCGUCCGGAGCUGAAGUACCUCGGUCUGGCCUUGGUCCUUCUUCUUCUAUCCAGCAUGGUCACCAUGUCCAUUCCCAAGGUGGUCGGCAGUGUCAUGGAUGCAGCUAGCAAACAGGCGCUGGACGAUGCAAAAGUCUUCGGCUUCUCGUUGUACCAGUUCUUUGGUGUGUUUGCUUGUGUUCUCACACUUGGUGCAUCCGCUAACUUUGGCCGUAUCAUUGUACUCCGGCUGAUUGGAGAGCGAGUGGUUGCUCGUCUGCGAUCCUCAUUAUACAAGCGGACAUACCUCCAGGAUGCCGAGUUUUUCGACGCUAACAGGACUGGUGACUUGAUUUCGCGACUGAGCGCUGACUCCAUUAUUGUCGGUAAAAGCAUUACCCAGAAUGUGUCUGAUGGUCUGAGAUCACUCAUCAGCGGCGCUGCCGGAAUAACAGCCAUGGCACUGAUAAGUCCUGGGUUGACGAGCAUCAUACUUUUUGCCGCACCUUUCAUUGGCGUUCUCACCUUUGGAUAUGCUCGCUUUAUCAGGCGGAUCAGCAGAGACAUCCAGAAGAACGUCGGCACACUUACCAAGAUCGCUGAGGAACGUUUGAGCAAUGUCAAGACGAGCCAGGCUUUCAACGGAGAACGCCAAGAGCUGCAUCGGUACAAUGGACAGAUUCGCAGGAUUUUCAACCUCGGCAUGAAAGACGCCAUGUAUACUGCUUCUUUCUUCGGCGCAACUGGCUGGAUGGGAAACAUGACCAUUCUGGCCAUGUUGUGGUUUGGUGGUGGUUAUGUAUCGAGCGGCGCACUUUCCCUCGGUGACUUGACUUCCUUUAUGAUGUACGCUGCAUUCGCAGGUUCCAGUAUGAGUGGACUGAGCGGCUUCUUUACCGAAUUGAUGAAGGGCGUCGGCGCUGCCACGCGACUUUUCGAAUUACAAGAUAGGGAGCCUAGCAUACCGCCCACGAAGGGCGUCAAAGUCAAAUCUGCCCAGGGGCCCGUGGUCUUUGACAAGGUCUCCUUUGCUUAUCCCACUCGCCCAGCCGUUCCGAUCUUCAAAGGGCUGGAUUUCACCAUUCAGGCUGGCAGCAACGUCUGUAUAGUCGGCCCGUCGGGAGGCGGCAAGAGCACCGUAGCUUCCUUGAUCUUGAGAUUCUACAACCCAACUGCUGGUACCAUUUACGUCAACGGAGUCGACAUUACGACCAUGAAUGUCAAGUCACUUCGACGUCGCAUUGGUGUCGUCUCUCAAGAGCCGGUUCUGUUCUCUGGCUCUGUCAAGGACAACAUUGCCUAUGGACGUCCUGAAGCCUCGGAAAGUGAAGUGUUCAAGGCAGCUCAAGAGGCCAAUUGCCAGUUCAUCAAGGACUUCCCCGAGGGUAUGGACACGCAGGUCGGCCCCCGAGGUGCCCAGCUGUCCGGAGGACAAAAGCAGCGUAUCGCCAUCGCAAGAGCCUUGCUUCUGAACCCGGAUAUCCUCAUUCUUGACGAAGCGACCUCGGCACUUGACGCCGAAUCCGAAACACUCGUCAAUAGCGCAUUGGCAAAGCUGCUUCGAGGACAUAGUACAACCAUUUCUAUUGCGCAUCGACUUUCGACAAUCAAGCGUUCUGAUCAGAUCAUCGUCCUGUCUAACGAAGGCACUGUAGCCGAGAUGGGAUCGUACACCAGUCUGAGCUCAGAUCCCAACAGCGCUUUUAGCAAGCUGAUGGAAUGGCAAAUGAGCGGUGGUGACGUGCCACAAGUGCACACCCCAAGACAUAUUCCGAUCGACGAGGCUCCAGCUAUAGACGAGGAGCUGCCCGAGGAGGAUGGGGAGGAGAUAGAGGAGAUUACGGACGAGGCCUUGAAGAACGAGAAAUCGUAAACGAAUGAUUCUACUUAUCACUUGUUUCGCAUCAGUCAGACAACAUCGAGUAUUUACUGCGAUGUGGACUUGAUAAGGUACAUGGUCCUUCGUCACGUCGUGGCAGUCGUCAGAUGAUUUGAAGACUAACACUUUCUGUAUUGGGCGAAGGCGACUCCGAACUGAUAAAAGAGGCCAUAUAAUGCUGUCUUGUGUAGAAUAUUUCCCACCUCUCCACUCAAUGAUACCUCCAGACAUUCUUGGGUUUCUGCGGAAACCCUCUGAGGCAUUGAUGGAGAAAUUUGCAUGAAUACAUAAAUUCAAUAACGAA